UGCUUACGCUGCAGUGCAGCAGGAAUGAUACGGUGAGUCUGUUUCAAAGCGCGUUGAACGCUCACGCGUUAGUGAUCUGUGUGGCGUUUGGUCGUCUCCAACUAGCUCUGCAAUACCCAACAACCAGUCUCUCUUGAGACAUCGCAGAGAAGAGGUUGUGUUGUGGUAUCCACAUGUACGCCUGCUGAGUGACGCACGAAUUCUCCACAAUGUGGCGAUUGUGUUUGGUUUUGGUUACGCUAGGAAUUACGAUCGAAGCACAAAGAAGAAAUUAUCCGACUCUGCCUUGCCCUUCCAAGUGUGUAUGCUUUCGAAGAACGGUGAGAUGUAUGCAGUUGGAGUUGACGGACAUCCCAAAAGUACCACUUCCCACUGUUAUGCUUGAUGUACGGUUCAACAAAAUUAGAGAUAUUACACCAGGGACUUUUAAAGGUCAUAAAAUUUUACGGUCUCUUUUACUUAACAACAAUUUGUUAAGAAGCUUGAAAAAUGGUAUCUUUAAUGGACUUGUUCAGUUACGACAUCUUUAUCUUUACAAGAACAGAAUAAAAUACAUCGAAUCGGAUGUUUUUCAAGGGUUGCCAAAGUUAGAACAUUUAUACUUGCACAACAAUGAUUUAGAAGAAUUCAAAAGUGGAACUUUUUCCAAUAUUCCACAUUUGGACCGGCUAUUUCUUUACAAUAAUCGCAUAAGUCACAUACCCUCAGGCGCAUUUCAAAAUCUACCAAAGUUAAGACGGUUAAGACUAGACCAAAAUGCUUUAGUGUGCGACUGUCGGAUAGCCUGGUUUGCAAAAAUGCUAAACGAUAAUACCGUCCAUGUUGCUGCAAACUGUAAAUAUCCCCAUGAAAUGUAUGGAAAAUCCCUCAAGGGAAUGACUUCACAAGAUUUUCAUUGUAAGGCCCCCGAAAUAAUGGAAGGUCCACAGGACGUGGAAAUAUCAUGGGGUAGCACUGUUAUAUUCACAUGUAAAGUAACAGGUGAUCCGAAGCCGUCCAUUUUUUGGAUGCGCAAUGAUGAAGAAAUAAAAAUGAAUAAUGAUAAAUACACUAUCAUGGAAAAUGGUUCUUUGCGUAUAAAAAAUACUGAUGACAACGACAGAGGUCACUAUGAAUGUAUGGCGAAAAAUUCAGAUGGAGAAGUGAAAUCAAGACCAGCACGAAUGAUCCUGGUUCAUCCAGAACGCUCUCGCAAUGAAUAUGGUACUCCAGUUUUUCUCGUAACACCUACUAGUUUAACGGCAAGUGAGUCUACUCCUGAAAUCAAUCUACACUGCAAGGCCAUUGGCAACCCUCGGCCAACAAUAACCUGGUCACGAAACGGCAUACAAUUAAUAUCUUCCCAGAGGCAUUUUAUCGAUGCUGAGGGAACAUUAGUAAUCCAACCUGUAAAAGCAAGCGAUCAUGGUACCUAUCGAUGUGAUGCCACCAACAGCAACGGAAGAAUAAGUGCCGAAGCGAAUGUAAUAAUUAACGUCGCACCAGUUUUCACCGUACAUCCUCAAAAUAUAGAAACAGAUAUCGAUAGUACCAUCAAAUUAGAAUGUGUGGCAGUUGGAACUCCUCCUCCAGAAAUAGCAUGGUAUAAGGAAGAUUCAAAUAUAGGAUCAGAUGAUAGAGUAUUUAUAUCGGAUGAUGGUCGAUUUCUGGAAAUUCGUAACGCCAAAGAAUCAGAUUCAGGGUUAUAUAUAUGUGAGGCCCACAAUUCGAUUGGUUUUAGGGAAGUGAGUGCCAAAAUAACAGUGAUUUCUCUUUCCCAUAAACCCCCAAAAUUUGUGUACAAACCAUACAACAUAGAAGCUUUAGUGGGUAGUACCGUAGAAUUACCUUGCAAAGCCGAGGGCGAUCCGACACCCGGGAUACAAUGGCAGAAAGAUGGUGCCGCUCUUCAAAGAACCGGAAGAACGAAAGUCUCUUUAACCGGCAACUUGUACAUAUUUAAUGUCGUUCCAGAAGAUCAAGGUCGCUAUGAAUGUACAGCCAUCAAUGAUCAUGGGCGAGACUCAGCCUCGUGCUAUGUUACAGUUAAAGAAAAUCAAAAUCCCACCGCUUUUGGUAUAGGAGAUAAAUUUGUCAAGGUUGCUUUCAUUGAAGCAUCUCAAGAAGUCGACAAAGCAAUAAACAAAACAAUCGAUAAUUUAUUUAAAAAUAAAGGACCUCAUAGUUCUGCAGAACUGUUCAGAUUAAUUCGGUUUCCUGAUGCUCCUGCUCGAGAACUAGCCAGGGCUGCAGAAGUGUACGAACGGACGCUAGUAAACAUUAGAAAGCAUGUGGAGAAAGGAAUGAUUAUGAACUCGACAUCCGACUUUAAUUACCGGGAGAUUUUAUCGCCUGAUCAUCUAAAUUUGGUGGCUGAAUUAUCUGGAUGUAUGACUCAUAGAUUUUCUAGAAACUGCACCGACAUGUGUUUCCAUUCAAAGUAUCGAAGUGCUGACGGUACGUGUAAUAAUUUACAACACCCUAUGUGGGGAGCGUCAUUAACCGGUUUUCGCAGAAUUCUAAAACCUAUCUACGAAAAUGGUUUUGGUACACCUGUAGGUUGGAACAAAGAAUUAAAAUAUUAUGGCUACCCAAAACCAAAUUCUCGUUUGGUUUCUACUACGCUUCUAUCUACUACUAAAAUAACUCACGAUAACGAGAUUACUCACAUGGUCAUGCAAUGGGGUCAGUUCUUAGACCACGAUUUAGACCAUGCCAUUCCUUCGGUCAGUUCUGAAAGUUGGGAUGGUAUAAACUGCAAGAAAUCGUGCGAUUAUGCAGCACCGUGUUAUCCGAUGGACGUACCCCCAGGAGAUCCGCGUGUCACAAACCGGCGAUGCAUUGACUUCGUAAGAUCUUCCGCUAUUUGCGGAUCUGGCAUGACUUCCGUAUUCUUUGACAAUAUCCAACCACGUGAACAAAUUAAUCAGCUUACAUCUUACAUAGACGCUUCUCAAGUUUACGGGUACUCCGAAGAACUGGCUCGAGAUCUUCGAGAUUUGAAUGGUGAGGGUGGUCGACUACGCGAGGGCGCGAUAUUUUCUGGCAGAAAACCUCUUCUUCCAUAUGCUGGAAAUCAAGGUGUGGAUUGCAGAAGAAACCUGUCAGAAAGUACCAUCGCUUGUUUCGUUGCUGGUGAUAUUCGAGUCAAUGAACAAGCAGCGCUUAUAGCAAUGCACACCUUGUGGAUGCGAGAACACAACAGAAUCGCUAGAGAAUUAAAAUUAUUAAACCCCCAUUGGGAUGGCGACAUGGUGUACCACGAAGCUCGCAAAAUUGUAGGCAGCGCGAUGCAACAUAUAACGUACAAACAUUGGUUGCCUUUUAUUGUCGGUCCAGAAGGUAUAAAAAUGUUGGGAGAUUACCCAGGUUAUGACCCUACAGUUCAUCCAAGCAUAUCAAACGUAUUUGCAACCGCAGCACUCAGAUUCGGCCACACUCUUAUCAAUCCAAUUCUUCAUCGGUUCGAUUGGGAUUUUAAACCGAUUAGAGAAGGUCAUUUGCCUCUACAUAAAGCGUUCUUUUCACCUUGGCGAAUAGUUGAGGAAGGGGGCAUAGACCCACUACUUCGCGGCUUGUUUUCUAUUCCUGCGAAACUCAAGAAAUCCGAUCAGAAUCUCAACAGCGAAUUGACUGAGCAACUCUUCCAAACCGCACACGCCGUUGCGUUGGACUUGGCUGCCAUGAAUAUUCAUCGUUCUCGAGAUCACGCGAUACCGGGCUACAUCGAAUUUCGCAAAUUCUGUAACAUGACCCAGGUUGACACUUUCGAUGAUCUAAAGAACGAAAUUACGGACCGUUCAGUAUUGGGGAAACUGCAAAAGUUAUAUGGACAUCCCGGAAAUAUAGAUGUGUUUGUCGGCGGCAUCUUGGAGGAUCAAGUGAAAGGAGGACGUGUGGGCCCUCUAUUCCGGUGUCUGCUCAUUGAACAAUUUAAACGUCUAAGAAACGGGGAUCGAUUCUUUUACGAAAAUCCUUCCGUUUUUAAACCAGAACAACUUGUCCAAAUAAAGCAGUAUUCGUUAAGUCGAGUUCUAUGUGAUAACGGAGACAAUAUUACUAGAGUUACCAAAAAUGCCUUUGUUCUUCCUGAGCUUCAAGGAGGAUACAAGAAUUGUGACGAAGUACCAAAAGUUGACUUGAGUUUAUGGUCAGAAUGUUGUAACGAUUGUCGUUAUUCGGGACAAUUAAAUACCAUAAGUAGGUUGAACGCAAGAAAUCGUCGUCACUUAGAUGAACCUGCUAGUUUCAGUUAUCGAAACUUGACCUUGCCAGAAAAUUAUUUUGAAGAAAACAGGAGGCUGAAAAAGAAACUAUCUAAAAUGGAGAAAGAUUUAAGUAGCAUGAAAGAAACCUUACACACUUUAGAACGAGUAAUUAAAAAAUUUGAGAAACAAAAUUAAAAUUAGAUAAUGUAGAAACUGUAAUAACGAACGAAGCUGCCAUUAUGUUAAGUUAGUUUUAUUUUUAGCACUGUACUGCCAAGAUUUACUUAAAUUUCACUUACUAUUAGACCGUUGCGCAUUUACCUUCUUGUGAUAAACUAACAAUACGUACCUAGUUGAAAGGAUACUGUGAAAAUUAUGUCGAAAAUAAUAAAUAGCCGACUUAUAUGUGUUAA